CAGUCACGAAAAUGUGACUGCGCGCUGUGUAAAGUUGCAUAAACAUACGAUCGGAAAACUUUUAUAAGAUGAUUCAAAACCAGUUUCGCGCCACUCUGCGGAUCUCUGGAAACGGUUGCUUGAGCACAUAUAAAGCUGACUGAACCUCGGCUGCCGGUGGUCGUUGCAAUUCAGUUCAUAGCACUCUGCGGCGCGAGGCAGGCGCCGUAAAUUGAGCAAUCAACCGACCACCCGUCGAGAGCCCGGGAAAAAUAAUGCUAAACUUGCCCAUAUUCAAGCAAUUGUAGAUUUGCCAAAUAGAUUAACUAAUGCAAAUUGACUUGACAAUAUGACGAAUGGCGUAUACACGGACAGCGGCGAGCAUGAAUCGUCGGCCAGUGGGAAAAUGCAUUCAGCGCAGGCCCCCAAAAAUGGGCAUAAUGAUGCCGAGGCGGAGCAGUAUCUGGAGCACCUGCUGAAGGACGGCAGCCAGGAGGGUGAUAGCGGGUCUGAGUUGGAGCUUCCGCCAUGGUUCGAUGAGCAGCUGUUCAAGCGCGCUCAAGGGUACUAUAGCACAUAUCGCUUCGUGAUGAAUGCGGGGAUGCUGGCCGGGCUGAUUUCCGUUCUAGCCGUGCCCUCGAUUCUCCGAGUACUUGCCUGCACGCGACAAUCAUCAACUGCAUUCACAGCUUAUCGAAGAUACGUGCGCACUAUUUUCCAUACCCAAUCCUGGUACAAUAAUUCCGUGGCGGACAGAAAGAGCAAGUUCUGGACCAGCAUCGCGGCUGUUAGACAGGCCCAUGCCCGCUCUAGUCAUGCGUGUGCCAGGCGUGGAGCCGGGCAGAUCACGCAGAAGGACCUGGCCCUGACCCAGUUUGGAUUCAUUGGCUUCAUAACCCUUGGAGCUCAUCGCAUACAGCUGUACGAUAAUGAUUUCCUAGAGGCCACCACCCAUAUGUGGAGAGUUCUGGGCUAUUUACUGGGCAUCAAGGAUGAGUACAACAUCUGCGGUCGGAACUGGGCCGAGUCCAAGACCCGCCUGGACAUAGUGAUGCGAAAAGUUUACGAGCCAGCGCUGGAGCACACAACUGAGGAGUUUUAUCGCAUGACAGAGGCCCUUAUCCAGGGACUGUGGCACGUCAACACAAUGCUCUCAGUUGGGGCUAAUAUCUUCUUCACCAAGCGACUGGCCUGCGUAAAGGGCUACGAGUACUACAGUUUCGACCAUCGGGUCGGGGAGAAGCGGGAUCCCCAGCAGAGAUUGUACUACUACGAUUUAAAGCUGUGGGAUCGGCUGAUCGUCAGCUACGGGCUGUUUAUUGUCACCUUUCUGCACAAGUAUGCCAUUGUGCGGUGGUAUUUGAACUUUCGCGUAUGGCUGGUGGAUCUGCUCACGUACUAUUUGCCCUACAUUGCCAUUUGGAAGUUUGGCGUCAAGUCCGCCUACGUGCGAAUCUUUCGAAAGGGAGCUUCUCUUUACUCAAUGUGCGGCGGCUCCUCAACGUGCGGUGGCUCCUCAACCUGCGGCGGCUCUUCAACUUGCGGCAUCUUCUCAACGUGCGUGUCAACGAUUUCCGCUGAAUAGAAUACAUUGAUAUAUUAUCAGAAGAAUAUUAUAUUAAUUUUACUAAUUUACUCAUUUCUAUCUUGCUGUUCUAAGAAAGUCUUAUACAAUUGAACGACACCGUUUGGCUCUGCGUCGAGUUUUUCCUGUCCAAACGUCACACUUAUUGGCCCGCAUUCGUUUGGUUUUCGGUUCUUUUCAUGUUUUGUUCCUUGUUUUGUGGUAUGGUUCAUAUAUGCCUCAUAUAAAUGUAUUACAACGUCGAUGUUCGCACCCUCGAUUCGAUAUUCACCAAAUUCAAUAUACAUUUUUA